AUGGUUAACGUCGUCGACAAGAAGUGCUGCCACCCAGAGUGCCUAAAGUACCCGUCAUAUGGCACAGACGGGAGCAAGAAGGCGGAAUUCUGUGCCAAACACGCCAAACCGGCCAUGGUUAACGUCGUCGCCAAGAGGUGUGGCCACUCAGGGUGCAUCACGAAGCCGAGAUUUGGCACAGAGGGGGGCAAGGCGCAAUUCUGCUUUCAGCACAGGUCGCCGGGUAUGGUGAACGUCGUCAGCAAGAGAUGUGGCCAUGCAGGGUGCGUCACGCAGCCAUCGUUCGGUACAGACGGCAGCAAGAAGGCGGAGUUCUGUGCGAAGCACGCCAAGGAAGACAUGGUUAACGUCGUCGACAAGAAGUGCGGCCACCCAGAGUGCCUCAAGUACCCGUCAUAUGGCACAGAAGGGAGCAAGAAGGCGGAAUUCUGUGCCAAACACGCCAAGCCGGCCAUGGUAAACGUCGUCGCCAAGAGGUGUGGCUACCCGGGGUGCGUCACGCAUCCAUCAUACGGAACAGCCAACGGCAAGAAGGCGGAGUUCUGUGCGAAGCACGCCAAGGAAGACAUGGUUAGCGUUCACGGAUACAAGAAAUGCGGCCACCCAGGGUGCAUCAAGCAGUCGUUCUUCGGUAUGGCCGACAGCAAGAAGCCGGAGCUCUGUUCGCAGCACGCCAAGGCGGACAUGGUGAACGUCGUUCGCAAGAUAUGUAUCCGCCCAGGGUGCAACAAGUACACGUCAAUUGGUGCAGACGGCCCCACCAAGAAGAAGGCGGAGUUCUGCCCAAAGCACACUAGGGGAAGAAAGAAACGCCCUCGGGGGCGGCCGAAGAAGAAGUCGUAG